UUGAACACGUGACCUUCAAAACUUCAAUCUAAUACUCUCCCAACUGAGCUAUCCCCAGAACUACGAGCAAAAAUAAUAAUAAUUAAAUUGAGUAUAAUUCAAUCGAAUUUCCCUUCCUUGAGCCAACAACCCAAAAUUCAAGUACAUUAAAUGAUAACAACCCAAAAUUGAGUAUAUUUUUCUGGGAUUUUAGCAGAUGAUAGUUCCACCGCAGUUUUUGAACAAAAUUCGAAACGUUUCAGUUCUCUGUUUUGUUUCUUUUACUUCAUAAUUUAUGCUGUUUGAUCUCUUUUUUUAGUCUUUUUUUUCCAGUGCGAGUUUAGUAAAGAAACUAAAUUGAGUUUCUAAAAGAAGAAUUCACUUUUUCUCCGGUGGAUUUUAGGGUUUUUGUUUCUAAAAAAUGAUGUUAUCGGUGUCGCCGAUGGCUCCAGCGAAAAGUUCGCUAGAUGAAAUGUUGGAAUCUCUCCGGCGACAAGACGAAGUCGACAAACCUAAAGAUUUACCGCCGGCUUUACCGGUCCGGCCGACUUCCAAAGCCAGACUCCCGUCGGCUCGCCGGUCCCUUCCGACGAACUUCAAAAUCGAUGCUAAUGGUGUAGAUGGUGCCGUUUUAAGUGAAAUGAAAGGAAAAGAGGAAGUUAAGAGGAACGAAAAUGAGCUGGGAGUGAAGAUAGUUAGUUUUGGGAGUAAAAAAAUGAGGAAAGAUGUGAAUGUGGAUUCACCGUAUAUUUUGGAUGCCGUGGAAGAGAAGAAAGGGGAGGACUUGGAAGGGAAAAUUGAGGUGAAAGGAGGGAAAGGGACUGCUAAUGUUGGGUAUUUUAUUAACAAAAAACUUCAUGUUUGGUGUCAGCUAUCCAACGGGAUGUGGGCAUCUGGAACUGUACAAUCUACGUCUGGAGAGGAAUCAAUUGUUUCCCUCUCCAAUGGAAAUGUCAUCAAAGUCUGUACCAGCCAGCUCUUACCAGCAAACCCAGGAAUUCUGGAGGGUGUGAAUGAUCUCAUACAGCUCAGUUAUUUGAAUGAGCCAUCAGUUCUUCACAAUCUUAAGCGCAGAUAUUCUCAUGAUAUGAUAUAUAGUAAAGCAGGUCCGGUUUUAAUUGCCGUCAAUCCAUUCAAAGAUGUCCAAAUUUAUGGGAAGGAUUUUGUCACAAGUUAUAGAGAGAAAGCUACAGAUAGCCCUCAUGUUUUUGCUAUGGCAGACAAUGCUUAUAAUGAAAUGAUGAAUGAUGGAUUAAAUCAGUCUAUAAUCAUAAGUGGGGAAAGUGGAGCUGGGAAAACUGAGACAGCAAAAUUUGCAAUGCAGUACCUAGCUUCCCUUGGAGGUGGAUAUGGUGGGAAAGAGUGUAAAAUCCUUCGGACGCAUUGUAUACUUGAAGCAUUUGGGAAUGCAAAGACAUCUAGGAAUGACAAUUCUAGCAGAUUUGGGAAACUUAUUGAUAUUCAUUUUACUGCGUCGGGGAAGAUAUCUGGUGCCAAUAUCCAAACUUUUCUUCUCGAAAAGUCAAGGGUAGUUCAACUGGCUGCUGGUGAAAGGUCUUACCAUAUCUUUUAUCAACUUUGUGCUGGCGCUUCACCAGUUCUAAGAGAGAGAUUGAAUCUUAAAAUGGCUAAUGAGUACAACUAUCUUGUCCAGAGUGACUGCUUGGUAAUUAAUGGUGUUGAUGACGGUCAAAAAUUCCAAAAGCUAAAGGAAGCCUUCGAUAUUGUUCAGAUUUGCAAAGAAGAGCAAGAGCAAGUAUUUGCAAUGCUUGCUGCAGUGUUAUGGUUAGGAAAUAUAUCAUUUCAAGUAAUUGACAAAGAAAAUCAUGUGGAGGCAUUAGCUGACGAAGCUUUAACCAGUGCUGCCACGCUGAUCGGUUGUGCACCACAUGAACUGAUGCAAGCUAUAUCUACUUAUAGAAUCCAAGUUGGGAAGGAUAGAAUUGCUAAAAAAUUGACUUUGCAACAGGCAAUCGGCACUAGAGAUGCAUUGGCAAAAUUCAUCUAUGCAAGCUUGUUUGACUGGCUUGUGGAACAAAUCAACAAGUCACUUGAAGCAGGCAAAAAACACAUUGGCAGGUCCAUAAGCAUCCUUGAUAUUUAUGGGUUUGAGUCAUUGAAGAAGAAUAGCUUUGAACAGUUUUGUAUAAAUUAUGCAAAUGAGAGGUUGCAACAACACUUUAACCGACACCUCCUUAAGCUUGAGCAAGAGGAGUAUGAUUUGGAAGGGAUUGAUUGGAGUAAAGUUGUUUUUGAAGACAACCAAGAGUGCUUGGACUUAUUUGAGAAGAAACCCUUAGGGAUACUUUCCUUGCUGGACGAGGAAUCAAAUGCACCCAACUCAACUGAUUUCACCCUUGCUAAUAAGUUGAAGCAACACUUGAAUUCUAAUUCAUACUUCAAAGGAGACAGAGGCAGGGCCUUUGGUGUUCUACAUUUUGCGGGCGAGGUACACUAUGAUACUAAUGGAUUUUUGGAUAAGAACCGUGAUCCACUGAGCUCUGAGGUAGUCCAACUUCUAUCAUCCUGUGACAGUCAGUUGCCACAAUUGUUUGCCAAAAAAAUGUUUAAUCAACCUCUGCAAUCAGUAACUUCAUUGGACACAACAAUGCAAAGUGUUGCUUUGCAAUUCAAGGGCCAGCUCUUCAAAUUAAUGCACCAGUUGGAGAGUACAAGACCUCAUUUUAUUUGCUGCAUAAAACCAAACUCCAAGCAACUCCCUGGUACAUAUGAAGAAGAUCUUGUCUUGCAGCAGCUUAGAUGUUGUGGAAUUUUUGAGGUUAUUAGAAUCUCGAGGUCUGGAUAUCCUACUAGAAUGACACAUCAGGCAUUUUCAGAAAGGUACGGAUUCCUACUGUCGGAGCCCAUUGUAUCUCAGGAUUCAUUGAGUAUUUCAGUUGCACUUCUAAAACAAUUUAAUGUCCUUCCUCAAAUGUAUCAAAUUGGCUAUACCAAACUGUUUCUUCGAACUGGACAGAUUAGUGCAUUGGAGGAUAGGAGAAAACAGGUGUUGCGAGGAGUAAUUGAGGUUCAGAAAUACUUCCGUGGUCACCGAGCUCGUCGUCUUUUCCAUGAGCUCAACAAAGGAGCAAAAAGUAUUCAAUCAUUUGUCUGUGGUGAAAAUAUACGAAGGAAGUAUGCUGCUGAGUCAAAUAGAUGCUCAGCAUUUGCUUCUCAAUUACUUGAUGAGCAGUUGACGGCAGUCAUAUAUUUACAAUCUGUAAUCCGUGGGUGGUUGGCCCGGAGACAUUUCAACAACAUGCAUAAUUUGAAACAGUCAAACCAUGGAAGUGUAAAAUCUAGACGAAAGAUUGGUAGGAAGAUUUUUGAAGCAAAGGACAUGCCCCAUGAGCAACAGAUUCAAGUUCUACCUUCUGUAAUGGCAGAGCUCCAAAGAAGGGUUCUCAAGGCAGAAACGAAUUUGGGGCAAAAAGAACAAGAAAAUGCCACAUUACGGGAGCAAUUACAGAAGUCCGAGGCAAGGUGGUUGGACUAUGAGGCAAAGAUGAAAUCAAUGGAAGAGAUGUGGCAAAAGCAAAUGGUAUCACUGCAAACAAGUCUUACUGCAGCCCGAAAGAGUCUUGCUGCUGACAAUGGUGCAGGUCAGCUAGGAAGAGCUGAUGUGUUAUCGCCUCGAUGCUAUGAUUCUGAAGCUAACGUGUCCAUGGGAUCUCGAACAACCGGUGGGAACACACCUGUCUUAUUUUCUGGUGCUAUGCCUGAUGUUGUUGGGGGGAGAGAGAAUGGUUCUUUGAAUGCACUGGGCAAUCUGUUAAAUGAAUUUGAGCAGCGGAAACAAAAUUUUGAUGCCGAUGCAAAAUCUUUAAUUGACAUCAGAGUGCCACAGCAAGCUUCUAAUAUGAAUCCUGAAGAUGAACUUCGGACAUUAAGACUCCGGUUCGAGACAUGGAAGAAAGAUUACAAGCUGAGAUUAAAGGCAGCCAAGGCAAGACUACAUAAGCGUGGCCACCCCGAAUCAGACAAAGCUCGAAGAAAAUGGUGGGGGAAGCUAGGUUCAAGAGCGUGAUAGAAUUCCCAGUUUGAAAGCAAUACGCUGAACUGCUGCCAAAAAGAACAUGCCCUCUUCCAUUCUGAGGUACAUUUUCUUUACAUUUAUGGUAACAGAUACAUAUUAUAAUGUGCAUAAGAGAAAUAGGGAUUUUGUUGAGUUGAGACUGCUUUUUUGCUUUGAAUAGUUUUGUCAUAGUUUUCUUUUUUGUGUAUAAUUCUGUGUUUGUUAGUGAUGUAAGAUCAAACUUUUGUAAUUUCUUUGUAAUUCAGAUGAAAUCAGAAAUGUUUAUAUGCCUUUCCUUAA